UCUUCCCAGGUCUCGCAGGGCAUGGUGGGCCAGCUGGCCGCCCGCCGCGCCGCCGGCGUCAUCCUGGAGAUGAUCAAGGAGGGGAAGAUCGCGGGCCGGGCCGUCCUCAUCGCUGGCCAGCCGGGCACCGGCAAGACGGCCAUCGCCAUGGGCAUGGCGCAGGCGCUGGGGCUGGACACGCCCUUCACCGCCAUCGCCGGCAGCGAGAUCUUCUCCUUGGAAAUGAGCAAGACAGAGGCGCUGACCCAGGCCUUCCGGCGCUCCAUCGGCGUGCGCAUCAAGGAGGAGACCGAGAUCAUCGAGGGGGAAGUGGUGGAGAUCCAGAUUGACCGCCCGGCCACCGGCACCGGCGCCAAGGUGGGGAAGCUGACGCUGAAGACCACAGAGAUGGAAACCAUCUACGACCUGGGCACCAAGAUGAUCGAGUCACUGACCAAGGAGAAAGUGCAGGCAGG